AUGUACUCGCUAACUCUGACCGCUUUCAUCGCGUUGUGCGUCUUUGUAUUUUCCGGGUUUUCCGCAGCUGCACCGGUUGUUGCUCGCCAUGGUGACGAACACUCGUAUCAUCAAGGAGAAGCUACCUACUACGAUACCGAACGAAACACUGGUGCCUGUGGUUGGUUCAACCACAACUACGAGCAUGUCAUAGCCAUUUCUCAGUCGAUGUGGGACGAAACCAGAUCCGGUUGGGGCCGAAGCAAUGCCUGCGGGCGCGAGCUUACAAUCCGUCACAAUGGAAGAUACGUCGAUGCUGUCGUAGUCGAUCUCUGUCCAGAAUGCCAACAUGGCAGUAUCGAUAUGUCACUCUCUGCAUUCGAGGCUCUUGAUCAGAAAGAUGCUGGGAGGAUCUGGGUCGAUUGGUGGUUCCACUAA